AUGUCGAUAAUGGAACGUUUUCGGCAGUCCUACUGGUUCGAAAGUCUUCCACGGAGAACGAUCCUUGCGACGGUGGUAGCAUCCCUGUUGUUCUUCUCCGGAUGGUGGAUCAUCAUCGAUACCGCAUCUGUGUAUCCAAAAUCGUUCAACUUUUCCUAUUACAUCUGCGGUAUUCUAGCGACGAUAGGCUUCAUCAUGGUGAAUGCUAUAUCCAACGACAUGCUACACGCCGAAGCGGCUUACACUGGUGGCGUGCUGAACGGUAGUGGCAUUAAAGUGUUUCUGUUUGCUGGAUUUGUGCUCGGCUUUACCUCGAUCAUUGCUGCUAUCUGGAUCAUGAUUGCCGAGUUCGCGGUCAACGAAUCACGGACUGACAAGUAUCCGGGAUAUGCUCUGCUUAUGCACAAUAUUUUCAUUUUCCUGUCCACCCUGAUUUACAAGUUUGGUCCCCCACCGGAGAACGAAUAUCUGAACGGCUACUAG